GACGUUACGUCGCAGGUCUGAUCAUGACAAGUGUCGGAAGAAGAGGAAGAAGGCGCUGAAGUUUGUUGUCUUGUGGUUUUUUUAUUGAUCAGUUUUCCAGGCUUCCAGGUCCUUCUUUGGACUCUAACGGUACUAAGUUAAAACAGACCGAGUCUGAAGUCCUGAUCCGGAAUCGGUGCUUUAAGGGACUGAAGUUUGUUGGACUUCAAGCAGAGAAAGAAUGACGCACAAAGAGGACGAAUAUGAUUACCUGUUUAAAGUGGUGCUGAUCGGAGACUCCGGGGUCGGAAAGAGCAACCUGCUGUCCCGCUUCACCCGCAACGAGUUCAACCUGGAGAGUAAGAGCACCAUUGGGGUGGAGUUCGCCACGCGCAGCAUCCAGGUGGAGGGGAAGACCAUCAAGGCCCAGAUCUGGGACACGGCUGGACAGGAGCGCUACAGAGCUAUCACCUCAGCGUACUACCGCGGGGCAGUCGGUGCCCUCCUGGUCUAUGACAUCGCCAAACAUUUGACCUACGAGAACGCGGAGCGCUGGCUGAAGGAGCUGCAGGACCACGCUGACAGCAACAUCGUCAUCAUGCUGGUGGGAAACAAGAGCGACCUGCGCCACCUGAGGGCCGUGCCCACCGAGGAGGCCCGCGGCUUCGCAGAGAAGAACGGCCUUUCCUUCCUGGAGACGUCUGCCUUGGACUCGUCCAACGUUGAGCUGGCCUUUCAGACUAUUCUCACAGCCAUCUACAACAUCGUCUCCCAGAGGCAGAUGUCUGGACAGGGAAGCUCGGACUUCUCGCCGGCCUCCAACGUGGUUCCCAUCACAGUGGAGCCCACCCAGAGCUCGUCCAGUAAGGGCGCCUGCUGCCAGAACAACUGAGACCCGCCGCUGACGUCCUCCUUCAUCUCAGCGGACAAACGGACAGACCGGGGCGGAGGGUUUGUCCUGUUGGGGGCUGAGGAGGAGGAGGAGGAGCAGCAGUGAUGAAGAUGGCCAGGAUCAGUGAGGGCCUUAAUGACGGGUCAUGAAGAGGCUGUGAUGUCCACCAUGCUAAUGGACUCUUCCUUCUGCUGCAGCGGCUCCUCCAUCUUCUCCUUCUCUGUAUUUAUUAACUUCCUGUUUCUACACUAAAAACAAAAAAUGUUCUUUUCAUUCUUUA